AUGGUAGCUGCUUUCCCGGAACAGCUUGGCUCGGCUCGAAGUUCAGCAGAUGUCUGGGCCCUGUUCAAUGCCGGAAAGCUGGCGUCCUUGAUUGGAGUUGAGGGUCUCCACCAAAUCGCUGGCAGCGCAAGCUGUUUGCGACUCUUCCAUCGUCUAGACGUGAGGUAUAUCACGCUUUGUCAUGAUCAAAAUAAUGAGUACGUGGACUCGGCGACUGCCCCUGGCCCGGUUCAUGGAGGAGUCUCCAACGCCGGAGAAGCGAUUCUGCGUGAAAUGAAUCGCGUUGGGAUGAUAAUUGAUCUAUCACAUACAAGCCACGAUGCUCAGCGACGAGUAUUACAGCUCUCCCGCGCUCCCGUGAUCUUCUCUCACUCGUGUGCCUUCACCCUGAGMCACAAUCCAAGGAACGUACCCGACGAUGUUCUCGAUGCGCUUCAAACCAACGGUGGAGUGUGUAUGAUAUGCUUCUUGCCUAAUCUCUGCUCCUCGGAGAGACGCAGCGAAGAAGGUCCAUCGAUUGCGAGCAUCGUUGACCACAUCAUCUACGUCGGCACUCGAAUUGGUUUCGAGCAUGUAGGCAUCGGGUCAGACUUUGAUGGCAUGUUAGAAGGGCCACCUGGUUUAGACGACGUACGUGGAUACCCGGGCCUGGUAGAGGAGAUGCUUCGUAGAGGAAUUCCUCCCGAGAACGUCAAACUUGUAAUGGGACUGAACAUCCUCAGAAUACUUGAUGAUGUGGAGAAAGUGGCAUUACAAAUCCAGAGCGAUGGUAUCACAGAAGUGUUGGUCGACUCAAUCGCUGCUCCAUGGAGCAAUGAGCAAAAGGAAAUGUUACGGCAACAGGGACGCAAGCGGGGACUGGCCUGA